AAAAGCCAUAACCUCUAAAAAAGAGAAAAGCCAAAAUAUGUGAUAAGUAAAUGGGUGACUUUGGAGAUGAAUAAUAAAUAAAAGGAGGACAAGAAUUAACGAAUGAACCGAAUCAGAUUAAACAGAAAAUUAGUGAAAAUGUCACAUUCAUAUGAACGUUAUUGCAAUAAUUAUCACAAACAUGUAGAGCUUCAUGAGAAUUUGAAAUACAAGAAAAAAUACAGAACACUCAAGAGAAUAGUGAAAAAUCUUGUGUUUGAGAAUGCAGCACUUUGCGAUCAAGUAUCUGAUAUGCAGGAGAAUCUCGUUGUAGUGAAUGAAGAACGUUUAUUUUUACUGCGAAAAUUGUGUCAACUUCAGGGAGAAACUGAACUAUCUGCAUCCAGAUCUCAAUUGAAUUUCAAUAAUCACAUCAAUUAUUCGAAUAUUAGUGGCGAGGUGGUCGCAAAAAGAACGAGUAGAAAAAAAUCUCCCAGUGAUAAUUUGAACAGCCACAGUGGUAUAAAUAUUGAGACAAAGCCAAAGGUAAAGCGGUGUGGAAAAACAGCAAAAAAAUUAGUUCAGCUGAUACCUCUUGAUGUUCAUGGAAAACCACGUUUUCCAAUUUCUCUCGGUGAUUUGAGUGUUUAUUCACUCGGAGAAGUAAUAACGGACAGAGUUGCCUAUCACACUGAAGAUCACAUUUAUCCAGUGGGUUUUUGCAGUACAAGGGUCUAUGCCAGUCUGAAAAAUCCACGAACUAAGACUUUGUACACCUGUAAAAUAUUAGAUGGUGGUUUACAUCCGAGGUUUGAGAUAGUCUCAGACACUGAUUUAGAUCAACCAUUGAUGGGAGCAAGUCCUGAUGAGUGUCACGGCAAAUUAUUAUUGGCAAUAUCUCCAAUACUCUGUAAUAUACUGCCGAAAGGUGGACAUUUCUUCGGUAUUUCUCAGCCAACCAUUCAGAAUUUAAUCCAGAAUUCGCCUGGAACGAGAAGACUGGCUCAUUAUAAACCCCAACGUUUUGAAGUGAGCAAGAACCAAUCCAAUGAGAAUGGAGUGACUGUCUUAACUGAAGAAGAACUGGAUCCCGGAAUUAAUUUUGCUACAUUACACCAAACUUUUGUAUUCGUCUCUGAUUAUGGAGUUAAAGAAGAACCUUGUGAACAUGAUGUGUAGAUAAUUUUCAAUCUCAUAACGAUUAAUAAUAUGCUAUUAGCAUUGAAAAUUUAAGUAGGCUGGCAUUAGAAUUAAAGGAAGAAUGACCACGUGAUUGUUUUCCUCUCAUCAACGUAUAAUUUUGUAAAAAGCAUUACUUACUUACGUAAAAAAAAAAUUAAACCUAGGGUACACAUUGUUAUUUACAUUUUUCUACACCUUUGCAUUUGAUUAAUUCAAUGGAAUUUACCAGAACAAUUAUCCAACAAUUAUGCAUUACUGACAGACGAUUUGUUAAAUGUGAAGAACAACUCUUCCUUAUGAAAUUACAAUUGAUCUUUGUUGUUGAAUUGAUGGACUAGUUGACUGUCGUGAUAUUGAUCAUUACAGCAGUAAUAUUAUCCUUCACAUCUUACAUAUAAUUUGCUAUUAAUGGUUUAUAAAAUAAAAAGGAGCGAUACGUGCAAUCAUUAUUA